AUGCGCGCGCCCGGACCAAGGUGCGCGCGCCCGGACCAAGGCGCGCGCCCGGACCAAGGCGCGCGCGCGCGGACCGAGGCGCGCGCGGCCGGACCAAGGCGCGCGCGCCCGGACCAAGGCGCGCGCGCCCGGACCAAGACGCGCGCCCGGACCAAGGCGCGCGCGCGCCCGGACCAAGACGCGCGCCCGGACCAAGGCGCGCGCGCAAACCAAGGCGCGCGCGGCGGACCAAGGCGCGCGCGCGGACCAAGGCGCGCGCCCGGACCAAGGCGCGCGCGCGCCGGACCAAGGGGCGCGCCCGGACCAAGGCGCGCGCGCCCGGACCAAGGGGCGCGCGCGGACCAAGGCGCGCGCCCGGACCAAGGCGGCGACGAGGCCGUGGGCGCGCGGACCAAGGCGCGCGCGCGGACCAAGGCGCGCGCGCGGACCAAGGCGCGCGCCGGACCAAGGCGCGCGCGCCCGGACCAAGGGGCGCGCCCGGACCAAGGCGCGCGCGCCCGGACCAAGGGGCGCGCGCGGACCAAGGCGCGCGCGCGGACCAAGGCGCGCGCGGACCAAGGCGCGCGCGCUGACCAAGAAGCGCGCCCGGACCAAGGCGCGCGCCCGGACCAAGGCGCGCGCCCAGACCAAGGCGCGCGCGCGCGGACCAAGGCGCGCGCGCGGACCAAGGCGCGCGCGCGGACCAAGGCGCGCGCCCGGACCAAGGCGCGCGCGCGGACCAAGGCGCGCGCCCGGACCAAGGCGCGCGCCCGGACCAAGGCGCGCGCCCGGACCAAGGCGCGCGCGUCCGGACCAAGGUGCGCGUGCGCGGACCAAGGCGCGCGCGCCCGGAUCAAGGGGCGCGCGCCGGACCAAGGCGCGCGCGCUCUGACCAAGGCGCGUGCGCGGACCAAGGCGAGCGCGCGGACCAAUGCGCGCGCCCGGACCAAG